CGGCCGGGUAAACAUCAGGGAGGCGAGCAGAGGUGUUGAUGAUCAGGUGUCGUCCCUGACUCUGGGCCCGUGGGGUCCGACCGCCCUCCAUUUCAGCCCUACGAGAUGCCCACAGGUUGGGGUGGCCAUCUGCAUGCCCCCCGUAAGGUAUGUUGCCUUGCCAAUUGGUCAUGGGCAGCCGAUCCGGCACCGCGCGCAGGCGAUCGAGCUGCGGGAUCCUAGAAUCGGCAUUGAAAGAUCAUUACCUGCACCAGUGAAGGAUUCUCGCAAUCGCGAACUCAGCCCUACGGACUCCCGCCAAGCACGCAGGCACUGGCCUCGGCUACGGAGGUACCCGAUUCCGUGGCUCUCGCCGUCGUUUUGUCUCUUGCUAAUGAUCCUGAGCACCAUUCUUCACCGGCGACGGAGUACCUCAGUUCUACUGUGGUAGUAGAACGGGCUGCGCCACUGAUUUGCUGGGUGUUGGAUGCCAGAAGCUGUCUGGAAGCACACCAACUAGAGGCGGUGAGCCUCGGCGGGACGGGUGGGGAGCCAAGGCCGUUCGCUUGUGGGAGAGCUAGAAACGACUGCCAAAGAGCUUCCCGCACCAAC